CGCCCAGAGCGCUGUCUCUUCCCCCGCCUCAGCCGCGCCGGCCCGACCCGGAGCAGGAAGCAGAGGAUGGCGUCCCUUGACCCCAGCGUGGCACGGAAGAGCUGCCGGGAAAACGAUGGAGAUGGGAUGAGAAAAGAUAAGUGUCCUGCACUACAAAUGGCCUCCUGUUCAACACUUGUUGUUUGCUAGUCUGGAGUCAGCUUUGGUGGAUGAAGAAGGUUGAUGACUCUAAGAUGUUUGACAGAAUCAAACCAUCUGAUGAAACUUCUGCUUCUUCAGCACAGGGAAUCGAUAGACAUGGUGUUGAAGGCUCUCUACAACAGGAUAGCAAUAGCAGUUUACACACAAGAGGGCAAGAACAUCCUCAGCCUGGAGUAUCCACUGUGCAAAAUAGACAGGGAUACUGCAAUUGCUGCCACGUACACUACAGUAAUCUGGAACAGCAUGUUUUCAGCUCCCAACACAGACAUUUUACCACUUACUGUAGGAAUCGUGUGGGUACCAGUAGCUUGAUGGAGCGUUUCCUGCAAGAUGUUUUGCAGCAUCAUCCCCACAGAUAUCAUGACAACAGACCAACCUAUGAUGACAUGCCACUCCCUGUCACUCCAGAGGCUGCUAGGAUUGCUUGCCUGUCCCCAGAAGAGAUGGAGAAAAAGAGGAACAGAGACAGAAAGGAGAUUUCCAGCAACAAACAGGAGUCCAUUGGUGAAAUAUGCUCUUCUGCUCCAUCCGUGUCUCGUGAGGGCACAAAGAAAACUUCUGUAACACAACCAUUUAUUAAAAAACUAGAAAGAAGGCAGGAACAUGUUAGAAGAAUGUCUCAGCAGUCUGUGGGCAUUUAUAGCAAUGAGAAAUGGGAUAUCCUGAAAGAUACUCGAAUUGCAAAUCAUAGCCAGGAAGACCAGUUUACAGCUGUGAGCCCUGUACCUCAGCAUUUUUCUAUCAGUCCUUUAAUCCAUAGUUCUUCUCUUAAUCCUAAACCAGCAAAAAUUUGUAAGAAUUUGGCGGCAUCUCAUCUGAUUCAGCAUAGUGGGUGUGCUAAAACGAGGAUGGAGGUAUGUAGAAGUGAUGUGUUGUUGAACCCAUGCUUGAAUCCUGCUCCAGCACUGGUUCACCCAAAACACCCUUCAGUUUCUCAUCAGAAUUCUGUGUGCAGCCCCACCAAUUCUUUAUGUAUUACCUCAGGUCAAUCUCUCUCAAAACGAGAUGGUUUACGAACUCAGGAUGAGACUUUGGUGUCUGAUUUCCAUCUCAGGGAUACUGUGGGUUUCAGCAGCUCCCUAGGUCUUGGGGUGUCCCCACAACUAGCAAGAUGCAAAAACAUGAAGACAAACAGAGGUGAUGAAAGUUCAGUGGAUAAAACUAUUGAAGAUGUUAUUUUGAAAUACUGUUAUGGGACUACAUCUGAAGAAAUCUAUUUCAAAGAAGGGAAUAAUCCCUGUUCAAAUUUUUCAUCACUUCUGGACCAUACUCAUUUAGAGGGUUCUGAAAUGAGUUUUGACUGUGAUGCACCUGUUAAGGCAGGAACAGACUUACCCAAGGCAGCUAUAAAAGACAUAGAAUUCCUCAAAGAGGUCCAAAUAAGUUUGCAAGAUAAGGACUAUGGAACACAACUCUCUUCUGUUUUAAAAAGUGAGUCAAUAGAGAAAGUAGAAGCGGUGAAACAGGAUGUUGUAUUUCCUACCGAAGAACCAGUUCUUCCAGCUCUGCCUCAUGUGCCUCCUUCUUUUGUGGGAAAGACUUGGUCUCAAAUAAUGUAUGAAGAUGAUAUAAAAAUUGAAGAACUUGUGCGUGAUUUCAGGGAAGGUCGUUUUCGCUGCUACUUUGACAGUGAAUCCUCAGCCAACUGUACAGGGAAGAGAAUGAAGAAACGAAAGCAGAAGGAUGAAAAAAAGAACAAUAUUGUUGAGGGUGGUAGAACAGAAAGUGCAUCAGUUAAAGCAUUGCCAGAAUUUAAUGAUGCUUUAAGUGGUGGCUCUGAUUUUGAUAACCCAUCUUUAGCCUCACAUACACUAUGCAACCCACAAAUUAUUAAAAUGCCUAGGAAAAGGACAUGGCGUCUGGCUUCAAGGUGCCAGGUGGUUAAGGUCAGCCAUGGAACUCAAACAAGUCUAUUGAACUACCCUGUAGCAAAAAGAAAAAUGUCCAGAAGGGAGUCUGAUUCAGCUGAUCAGAAAGCAAGCAUCGUAUGGCCAGAGAAUGAAAAAACUCCAAACAUGAAAACUAGACUAUGUGCCCUUAAACUUCCUGAGUCCUAUAGCAAGAUUAUGAGUCCUGUACAGCCCAAGACAGUGGUGUAUGUACUUUCCUGCCCAGAAAUAAAACAGUGUAAAGGUAAACCUAUAGACAGUCCCAAAAUGAGGAGAAAUCGUAACUCCUCAGAUAGCAAGGACUCUGUAAGAUACAAAUACAAACAGUGUUCUUUUAAGUAUUAUGACCCACUGACGAAUCGAAUUCUGAAGGUGCCUCCAAAGACGACAGUUGGAGAGAAGGCCAAAAAGCCCUCGCAUGUUCGACAGCUUUUCAGAAGUCUCAGCUUUGAUGCAAACAUGAGGAAACAAGCUGAUAUACAGAGAGAGACCACGCCAUCAAAGUCACUCAACUGGUCAGACUUCCAUAGUUCAUCUUCAGCGUCUCUCCUGCUAGACCCAGGUAAAGGGAAUGAUGGAGCCUCAAGUCAAAAAGCAGAUGGAUCUUCUGUUUCCACAGAAAGAACAGACUGUCUGAUAUCUGGUCACUCCGAGAAUUCUUUCAAACACCUGAUCAUUUCACCUUUGAACUCUCACCAGUCUGUGGUAGAUGGAGAUUGUAGAUUAGCUCCGUUUAACAGUAGACUUACCAAAACAGCUCUGACCUCUGUCAGGAGUGAGCGGUUAGAGAAGGAGAAUCCAAAGGCAAUAUGGAAGAGAAAGGAAGGCAAUAAUAAAGAACCAUUUUUUUCCAGAAAGCCUGCAGGACCUAUGCCUGUCAGGUGUACUGUAGGAAGGAGAGGAAAUAGGGUAACUGCAGGCAAACAAUCUUCCAGAACUAAGAAACAGCAAAAAGAGGGGAUAAGGAAGAAACUUCGUCCUCGUGUCCAGAGAUCUUCUGCUUUCUCCAUCCAUAGGUGCCAGACAAGGAAAACUACAGUGGGAAAGCACCUUAAAAAAGAAAAGCCCGAUGCAAAAAAAUUAAAGGUGAGGAAGAAACCAAAAAGGACCUUUCUGAACUCAACAGUUGUCACAGAGAUUCCUGAAAAGAGGCAGAAAGUCACAUCGGAAUCUUUUCCCAAGAAGCCAGAGCGAUCUUCCAAAGUCAGGAACUGGGAAGUAAGUGGAGAUCGGGGUCACCCCAGCACUGUGAACCAGCCCUCUAGAAGAACUACUGUACCGUUACGUCGAAACUGUCUUGUUCUACCAGACCUCCAUUGGAAUGAAACGGCAGGCAGUAUAGAAGGAGCACUGGCAGAUGAAGAGAGCACACUUCAACAGAAUAAAAGCAGCAACAGUAAAAAUAACAGCUAUAGCAAUGCAAUCCAGAAAGAAAUCACACUGCCUUCAAGACUAAUCUAUUACAUCAACAGAGAAUCUGAAACCCCUUACCAUGUCCUGGAUACGAGGGCAAGGCACCAGCAGAAACAUGACAAGGCUGUACAUCUGGCUCAGACAAGUUUCCAGAUUGAGGCCUUUGGCUCCAAAUUCAUCCUUGACCUCACGUUGAAUAAUGACUUGUUAUCUUCCAAUUAUGUGGAGAUUCACUAUGAGGAUGGAAAACCAAAGUUUUCUAAGGGUGGAGAGCAUUGUUACUACCAUGGAAAUAUCAGAGGUAUCAAGGAUUCCAAAGUUGCUCUUUCAACUUGUAAUGGACUUCAUGGCAUGUUCGAAGAUAAUACCUAUUUGUACUUGAUAGAACCGAUGGAUCUGACCCACAGUGCAGAAAGUAAAAGUAGGCCGCAUAUCAUCCAAAGAACAUACGGAACACAAGGCUCCAAGCAGUUGCAGGAUAUCGAGACUGAAUCUAGUUCUGAAUGGCCCUUUCUGUCUGAACUACAGUGGCUGAGGAGAAAGAGAAGAAAGAGAGCAGUAUCUCGUGGUGUCUUUGAAGAAAUGAAAUAUCUGGAACUCAUGAUAGUCAAUGACCAUAAAAUGUUCAAAAAGCACCGUUCUUCAAAUGCGUACACAAACAAUUUUGCAAAGUCCGUGGUAAACCUUGUAGAUGCUAUAUACAAGGAGCAGCUGAACACCAGGGUCGUUCUGGUUGCUGUGGAAACCUGGACGGACAGAGAUCGUAUUCACAUUCACCCUGACCCUCUGCAGAUGCUUCAUGAUUUCUCCAAAUAUCGACAGCACCACAUCAAACAGCACGCUGAUGCUGUGCACCUGCUUUCGAAUGUGACGUUUCAUUACAAAAGGAGCAGCUUAAGUUACUUUGGAGGGGUUUGCUCUGUGACCAGAGGAGUAGGAGUGAACGAGUACGGCCUCCCUCUGGCCAUGGCCCAGGAACUGGCACAAAGUCUUGCUCAGAACCUGGGAAUCCAGUGGGAGCCAGCGGCCAGGAAACCGAAGUGUGACUGCACUGAAUCCUGGGGUGGUUGCAUCAUGGAGGAAACAGGGGUAUACCAUUCCAGAAAAUUCUCCAAAUGCAGCAUUGCAGAAUACAAAGAAUUUUUACUUCGUGGGGGAGGUGCCUGUCUUUUCAACAGGCCAACAAAGCUUUUUGAAACUACAGAGUGUGGGAAUGGAUACGUAGAAGCAGGAGAAGAAUGUGACUGCGGUUUCCGAAUGGAAUGCUAUGCAGACUGCUGUAAGAAGUGCUCUCUUUCUAACGGAGCGCACUGCAGCGAUGGCCCCUGCUGUAAUACAUCGUGUCUGUUUUUCCCGCGAGGCUAUGACUGUCGCUAUGCGGUGAAUGAAUGUGAUAUUGCAGAGUUCUGCACUGGGGAUUCUGGCCAGUGUCCACCAAAUCUUCAUAAACAAGAUGGAUAUGCCUGUGAUUCUAAUCAGGGUCGUUGCUAUAACGGUGAAUGCAAGACAAGAGAUAAUCAGUGCAAAUAUAUCUGGGGAUCUAAGUCUUCAGGAUCUGACAAAUUUUGUUAUGAAAAGCUUAACACAGAAGGCACAAAAAAAGGAAACUGUGGAAAGGAUGGAGACCGAUGGAUUCAGUGUAGCAAACACGAUGUUUUCUGUGGCUUUUUGCUCUGUACUAAUCUUACUAAAGUUCCACGUGUUGGUCAAGUUCAAGGUGAAAUUAUCCCCAGUUCCUUUUAUCAUCAAGGCCGAAUAGUGGACUGCAGUGGUGCUCAUGUUCUUUUAGAUGAUGAUACAGAUUUAGGUUAUGUGGAGGAUGGUGCUCCCUGUGGCCCUCACAUGAUGUGUCUGGACAAGAAGUGCCUGCCAAUUCAGUCCUUGAACAUCACCAGCUGUCCCGUUGGUUCCACUGGCAAAGUCUGUUCUGGUCAUGGGGUUUGUAGUAAUGAAGCUACUUGCAUUUGUAAUUUCUCCUGGGCUGGGACGGACUGCAGCAUUGACGAUCCCAUCAGGGACACUGGUGGCAAGAAGGAAGAAGGACCCAAGGGUCCUAGUGCCACCAAUCUUAUAAUAGGCUCCAUCGCUGGUGCCAUCCUGGUAGCAGCUAUUGUCCUUGGGGGGACAGGAUGGGGCUUUAAGUUAUCAGAUGUUCAUAUGAACAUACGGUACUGUGGUGUCAAGUCCAUAUCAAACAAAUGUCAAAAAACGAAGGUUCGAUCCAACUCAACAAGGCCCUAUCUGAAGAAAUGCGACUCAAAAGCUGCUUCUUGCACUACUGGAUUUUGGGUAUGGUGUCUUUGCUGUAGCUGCACAGGAACUAAAUCAGUAAGGAAGAACGUGAGAAAUAGUAACAAUAAAUACACUGUUAGGAUUUGAGAUGGUAGAAGACUGUCCUUUUCGGAGAUAAGUUUGAAAUACUUCAUUCACCUUUCUCUUGUUAACAUUAACUGACAAGUGUUACAAGCAAACUGUUUCAAAAUCAGGUGGUUUCUUUUCUUUCCUCAAACAAAGGAGGAGACACACAGACCAAGUGCAAUAAGAGAACUGUUCCAAACCAACAAAAUAGAAGAUUUUUUUCCCCAGCCUGCUGGCACUCUAACUUCACUUGAGUUCGCAUGACUUCCUUUUUCUUAUCCAACUCCAGUGGCAUGAGGAGCUAAUUCCAGAAGGGUAACCUGCAUGGCUCACAUACAACCAACCAAGCUGACCCCAGGCAGAAUCUGCAGCCCGAUAGACACAAAAAACCUCUGGGAAGCUGAUUCCAGGCUCCGAGAGCUUUUCCAGCCAGGCAGCACGUUCUGCCGCUGGACUGCGGGGUUCCCUGCGCAGGGGGGCCCACUGUCCACCUUGUUUUGGUCUCCUGGGCCAGGAGGCUGUUGGGUUUGGAAGCUGUCAAGUGAUGGAUGUAAAUCUUCCAAGAAGGAAAAAGUGUAAAUAUGGAAAUAAGAUUUUGACGUAUCAUUUUCACAGAUUAUAUAUAAAUAUAUAUAUGAGAGAAAAGGAUUUCCAUAUGAAAAGGUUCUAUUCUUUAUGUAAAUCUAUUUUUGAUGUUGGGUUUGGUUUUGGGUUUUUUUGCUCCCUUUUCUUUUCUGUAGCAUGUUGUACAGUGGAUGUUCUGGGCUUGCUCAAAAAAGGCAGAUAAUAGCAUGCAGAUGCAGGGAGUUCUGACACCAAACCGAUGUGAUCUAAAGUUUGUAUGCUUGAAACCAAAAACUAUUAAAAUGUAUAAAUGCAUAUCUAUGUAUUGACUACAAGUCUGGAUUACUCUUUUUGGCUGUUAUACAGAUUUUCCAUAAUAUAAUGUAAGAUAAGUGACACCUUCUCAAAGUAAUCACAGAAGUGCCAAGCUUUUUUUUUUUUUUAAACUAUAGCUAUUUUUUGUUCCUGUCUAGAUCCUGUGAACUAAAGACUUAAGCCUUAAAUUACUCACAAAUGUUAAAAGCUUGGAACUAGUUAUUCUUUCCUUGCCUUGUGCCCACCCAAACUGGCUCACAAGGGUGACUGACUUGUGUAACUCACUCCCUGGAUCUCCUGAUGCAUCUCACUCUUCAAAGCAUAAUGCAAAAUUAAUACUCUGAGCCUUGGCCAUCGAGAGCUAGUUACCGUCACAGAGUGCACAAAAUCCCAUCAAAUCUCAGGGGGUUGUGUGCUGUAAUUACUUUUAGAUACACCUUAUGUACAAACAGAUUUUUGCAGAGAGGUGCUAGGCAGCACUUUUCCCCUAGAAAGGUAUGAAGGUGUCUAGUUCAGGCCUCCCUUAAAGUAUUCAAGCUGUAUGGUCUGGUUCAUCCCUUUCAUCUUGAUUUAAAACUUAGGUAGUUCAGUUUAUGUAAUUGAAGUGAGCUGAACAUUUCAUUGUUGCAUCUGAUAAUCAGAAUUUAAAACUUCUGUGAUUUGGCUUUAAUCUAAAGGUUGGCUAUUAGUCACAACAGAAAUCCAGUUAUACUGCUUACUCUGUCUUUGUUCAGUGGAAAUCCAUUUUCUGAGUUAGCUUUAAAAGCCAAAUCAUUAACAAAAUGCUGCAGAGUUCCUAUGAGUUACAAUAUCUUAUUUGCAUUAUAUUUCUUAUGAUAAAUGGUCAAUCCAACAGUCUCACAAGAAAGCAGCAAUGUAUUGUUUUGGGUGACAGUUAUUAUUAAAUGUUUUUAAACAGCUUUAACAUAAUCACAUUAACACUUACUAUGUGGUGAGUUAAAGGUGCUGCACACAGGUAGUAUACAUUGAAAUAUAUUAUAAAUCUUAUUCUGAAAAAAAUCCUGCCUGGCUUCAAGCAGAAUGAAGUUAGUGACAAAACUUUUAUGGCAAACCAAAAAUACUGGCACCUGUCUUCUUAAAAAGUACUUUGCUUGGGAACGUAAUCCUGAACUUUGCUUGGCUUCUGCUUCCAAAGCAACUGUAACCCACAACAGAAACUCCAGCAGUUACCAAAAAUGAAAAUAAGUACAAUCAACUGGAUAUACAUAAACUACCUGUGUAGUAAAACCUUUGAGAAGCAUUUCACAAACAAUGUUGUUAGUGGGUGAUGUGAUGUUUUAAAUCAGACCACAGUGGUCCCCAACUACUAUGUACAUAUGUUCAGUGCUGGAGUAACUUUUUUAUUUACACCAGCAGUUUCAUAGGAAUUACGAUUUCUUGACUGAAUUAACGUUCCCCACGCAUCAGCCAUUGUGUGUAUGUGAAGAACACAUUUGUUUUCUGCCCUGUGUGCACACAACACACGUGAACAACGCAGCUCAGAGCAGGUACAGGCUGUGGUGGCAGAGAACUGGUUUUGGUAGGUGUUGAUGUGCUACGUCCCACCUUUGCUGUGCUUUAGGAAGUACACAUGCAUUUAGUGUUAAUUUGUUCAUCACAAAGCAACAUCAAAAGAAGACCUGGUCAGCACUGCCUCCAUUUCAUCCACUAUACAUUUCCUCCAUUAUUUAUCUAUUCAUCUGGACAAGAAACUGUGUAGCUCGUUCCAGUUUGCUGCAUGAUCUCACUGAUUUGAGCUGAUCCUCCUAACAGAGACGUCGCCUGGGCAAAUUCACAGCUGUAUAGGUGCAUGUUAAAAGAAGCAGAUUACUUAAGACUGGAGUUUAACCAAUUUUCCUUUACUAUGCAAAGAUGGGUAUUGCACAACCAAAUUUAAGACAAAUGUCUGAGGAAAUGCCAUAGAGUAGUUGAAGUUAUGUUUUAAGCCUAAUCAGUCAUGUUUUAUAUUCAUUAUUGCUUCCACUGUUACUCUUUUAAUAAUGGUUUGUAAUUAUUUUUUAAGUGCACAACUUGAUGUUAUAAAUCAGUUUUUGUUUGACGUUAAUACUCAUUCAUAUCUUGUUGGCUGCUAAUGAAUGGAAAUUCAAUAGUCCUUGUUCUGCAUCUUAGCAAGAUGAGUAUUAAAAAUGUCAUGAACAUGGAA